GCCAUGCUAUAUCACGUGCGCGUGGCGGAGGCGGGGUCAAGUUUUGAACCAGGUGGCGGGAACGUCCCUGGUCUACUUUUUUCAAAAAAGGGCCUUCCGCGGCCGCUCUCUGCUUCCCUUCCUUUUUAAGCGGCUCGGUUCCUCGUGUUCCUGAUGGCGAAGCAAAAGAGCCGAGAGCAGGGCAUCACUUUGCGGGGCAGCGCGGAGAUUGUCGCUGAGUUUUUCUCAUAUGGCAUCAACAGUAUCUUAUACCAACGUGGGAUCUAUCCUGCUGAAACGUUUACGCAUGUUCAGAAAUAUGGACUUACUAUGCUUGUAACCGCAGACUCUGAACUUAAAAACUAUCUGAACAAUGUAGUAGGACAGCUUAAAGAGUGGCUUGCCGAGUGUUCAGUUCAGCGGCUUGUUGUGGUGGUCUCCAGUAAGGAAACCAGUGAAGUUCUUGAAAGGUGGCAAUUUGACAUUGAAUGUGACAAAGCUGUGAAGGAUGAAAAUGAACCAAGACAGAAAUCUGAAAAGGCUAUUCAGGAUGAAAUUAAAUCUGUUAUCAGACAAAUAACAGCUACAGUGACAUUUCUUCCUUUGUUAGAAACUACUUGUGCAUUUGAUUUGCUAAUUUACACAGACAAAGACUUGGAAGUUCCAGAAAAAUGGGAGGAGUCAGGCCCACAGUUCAUUGCUAAUUCAGAAGAAGUCCGCCUUCGUUCUUUCACAACUACUAUUCACAAAGUCAGCAGUAUGGUGGCCUACAAAAAGGAGUCCUUCACUUAAUUGGGCAAAUGCUGCCAUUGUAUAUAAGCUGUAUUUCUGUAAACUGUCAUAGCCAGUUGUAAUCAAAUUCUGAACUGCUCCCGGAGAUCAGUUGUAGUCCAGUUUGAAUAAUGGAAGCAGCAAAGAAGCACUUUGUUGAUGUCUGCAUUUGGUAACUGGGUUUUCUACCUUGAACCUUGUUUAUGGGAAAAUGUCAUAGCUGUAUUGGCUAACCAUUCUGGGGUCUGUUUUAUCAUUGUGGUAUUUUGCCAAUAUAACACUGCAUAAUAAUUGAGGGGGGGAGAGUUAUGGGGAUUAGGGUGUCUAUUGUUUCCUAAACAGCCUAGGAUUUAAUAUGUCAGUCAAAACUAUUUAAUGUUUGCAUUUUGUACAAUAAAGUCUUUAAAAUUA